AUGGAAAAAAUGUCACUCGAAACACACAACUCACUCCGGCAGAAUGCUCCCACCCCUCCACGCGCCAACAAAUACAAAGAAAUCUCAGUAUCCCCACCCCGUCCAGCCAGCGAACACAGCAUGAAAGAUGACUGCACCCUGCAAGUUGAUGACAGGGACUGCACACUAGAGUUCAGCGACCGAGACUGCAACCUGGAACUCAAUCAAUACGCCGACGACAAGCACAUAGACAAGCAAGCUGAGGCCGGAGCUGGGGAUGCAAAUGGAAACCAUGCAGAAGCGAGUGGGCAAGGGUCUGCAGCAGAUGGGAAACAAGACCUAGAGUCACAGUCUGUGACAGGGACGGUCAAGCGUCAUAGGUCUCGUCGGCGGGAGUGGAUCAUUGCUGGUUCGGCUCUUGGGGCUGUUGUUCUCCUGGUUGUUAUUAUUGUUCCUUCUGUGAUCUUUGGAACUCGUCGGUCUAUGCCGCAGUAUAAACCGCCUACAAAUCCAUAUAUCUCAUGA